ACACCAAAAGUAGAAUUCUCAGGAGAAGGGAAUAGCAAGCUGGCUGGAGAUAUCAUCAAAGGAUGGAACAGGAUCGGAGGCGGUUUACUUUCUUAUCCUCCUUACACUUCAGUUGUAUAUGUGUAUCAGAACAGAGACAACGACGUUUUAAUUGGGGAAUUGACCCAAACAAGCAGUUAUAGUGAAACUUAUAUUCUUGGCUGAGUCACAAGCUGACCUGCUCCGAUAAUCAUCCAUAGCUUUGCCUACAAAGAUUCUCUUCAAUUAGGGGUGAGCACUAAUACGAUCUAUGUACCAAAUUCCACGUGAGGCGACAACACAGUGGACUCUAACAGCAUUGAGAAGUGAGAUGAUGGUACAUUUACAACCACAGAAGUUAAGCCAAUCGCUAGUUCUUGCUCUCAUUCUUAAAACUAUUUCAUUUUUGAACUCUAAACUCAUAUAUUAA